AUGAAAGGAGAAAAUAGCCUUGCAUUAAAGAUAUAUGAGCGAGGUUUGAACAAGGUCAAGAUUGGGACUGAUGAUGAACGUACUCGUCUUCAAUCUAUAUACAACAAACUGCGUCGAGCUCAAGAUCCAGGCAAGAGCCUUGAUCCUCUCGAGUUUCUGCCGGUCGAAUUGGCGGCUAUGCUCCGAUUCCUCGAAAUCCACGGGAGUAGUGUCAUUGGAAACUCGCUAGUUUCGUCACUACCUUACGCAAGCCAUCUUGAAUCGAUAUUUGUUUCGAAUGACAAAAUCACCAUAUCUGUAGUUCUAGAUGUUCUCCGAGCUUGUCGAAGAACGCUUGUGAAAGCGGGAUUUCUACAGAUAGUAGGCCAGAGAACGGACUCUCUUGGAGAAUGGCCAAAGCUCGAUGCACUCGAGAAAUUACAUCUUGGGGUUGCCUCCGCUAUGUUAACAUUAAAUAUUCCCGAGCUUAUCAAAGCCGCUCCAAAUAUUCAGGUUCUAUGGCUGUCUAACUGGAAUCUUACGCCAUCUGCGGAUAUGAGUCCGUGGACAGAGCUGCAGGAUUUGGAUCUCCGUGAUACGCACUUUGACCGACUACCAAGACUUCCGCCUACUCUCAGACGCCUCACGUUGAGGAACGCCCUAGAUAUCGGCCACGACAGCCUUGAAGCCCAAGGAGAAAAUAUGUUGCCUUUGUUGGAAAUGUUCGAGUGCUCGCGAACAUAUGUCUGCGACGGAUUUAUCAAAGCCAUCACCCGUGAAUCCAUCACGCGCGGAAACUUGAAAGAACUUCACAUCGGGCGUCGCGCAGUGGAACCCCGCAUCAACAUUGAAGAAGAAUAUCCCUCAUCAGAGAGUCUAGAGGUUCUAUCACUAGCGUAUCUCAUGACCCCCGAAGACUAUCUGAUGGUUAUUGUCGGUCGUUGCCCAAAUCUACGUAGUGUCGACGUCUCUGGGACCAACAUUACUGGAGUAGCUGUGAAGAGUUUUGUUAAACAGGGAAUUGUAACCCUUAGGCUAAAUGAAUGCUAUGGUGUAGGUAGUGACGCCGUCGACUGGGCACGCAGUCAAGGUGUUGAAGUCAUGUUCAAUGCAUCCAGUGGCAGCUCAGGGCUCCGGGCAGCCUGGAAUGCUAUUUAA